AUGCCGACCUUGGUCAUGGGCAUGCUGCCCACCCGCCAGGGGGAAACGCUCCAGCCCUGCCCUAAAGAUAGCCAGAGGCAGGGCCUCUUCUCCCAUGGGCCCAUGGGGAGACCAGCCGAUGGGAAGGUCGGUGCCGUGCCCAGGGAAGAUGGGUUCCGUCUGCCUGUGGCUGUCGAUGACCUCAUGGCUGCCCUGAGUUGGCCCCGGCCCUCCCAGCAGCUGGAUGUGCUCCGGGCUGUUCCCCAUGUGGCCUGGUCUGACUACACUGAGGAGCUGGGCCCCGGGGGCAAGGCCCACAGCCUCCCCCUGUGGUCCACAUGCCAGGAGGCCAGGGAUGGCGACAGCUCUGUGUCAUCAGGCCGCCUCUCUGGCUCCUCGGGGGGCCACGAGUCAUGUGUGCCUCCCCGUGGGCCCUGGAAGGAGAGGCUGCCACAGGUGCUGGGGCCCCAGCGACAGCCCAGGAGGAGCGACCCACGGCUGGAGCAGCUGAAAGACAAGAUCCGGGCCCAGGCGCAGUGGCAGGCGAGCUGUGCUUCCCUGGGCACCUCGGCACCCUCCAGUGCCUCCCGCCUCUCCACGGCCUGCUCGCCAGUGCUCCGGAGAAAGACUCGCAAGGUGGCCGAUGCCCUUCCUGCCCCUGUACACCCAGACUCCAGCUACCUGAGCAAGGCUGGGCAUAGAACUGAAGACAAGCCAUCUUCCAGCCGGGGACUUGAGCUGUCCAGGGUCUGCCAGCACCAGGCUUCGGUUCUGAGGGAGAAAACCAAAAGGACCAAAAGCAGCUCUUGCAAAAGAGAGAAAGCCCCCAAGUUGCCCUCCCCCAGGAGAGCUGCCAAGGACAAAGAUUCUGAGUUGGUUGGGGUUCACACCUGGAGAAAAGGACAAGCUCUGGUGAGGUUGCUGCUCGGGCCCCCUCCCGCCCUCCCCAGGCUCCAGAGCAAGGCACCCUCAGGAGACCCAGCCCCCGCCGCAGAAUUAGUGGCCACUCUGCCCAGAGCGGGUGGCCCUGUGCCCUGUGCCAGGCACAGCCUCGAGACACCCAGACACCUGCCCUCAGGGCUCCUGCAUGUGGAUGAGGAGUGUGGAAGGGACGGGGCAGGGCUGGGCCUGAGGGCUGCUCCCUCCCGCCUGCCCGCGGCUCCUGACUCCUCCCUGGGGCCUGUCUUUGCAGGAGACGGCAAGAGAGUUGCAGCCGCCCAGCGCUUGCCUGUCCACGACCGGUCGCCCAGUCCCACCUCUGCCCGCAGUGGCCAGCAGGUGUCUGACGACACACCCAGCCGGACUUCCUGUAAUCCGCCAGAGACAAUCCGGGCUGCGAUGGCCAUCCUGCGAGACCUCCACCAGCAAAUCCAGGCCGGGCUGGAGUUGGCCCAGGGCCACAGGAGGGGACGGAAGCUGCAGCAGCCCAAGCUGUGUCCAUGGGACCUGGUACAAGGGAGGCAGCAGGGUCUUCCGAGUGCCCCGGAUGCGCAGGGCUCCUUGGCGAAGAGUCCUUGGGCCUCAGCAGAAGGAAAGUGCUACCCUUUAGAGAGGGCUGGGAGCUCCCCCACCCGGCGGCCCUGGAGCCCCUCCGUCAAGUGGCAAGCCUGUCCGCAGAGGGCCUGGGUGGCCCGAAGACAGGGCCCCUCUUUCCAGAAACCUGACAGCCCCCCUGAGAGGUUGGGCUCUUUCUCCCAGCGGCCCUGGAGUGCCUCGGCCGGGCAGGCUUGGGUGCCUUAUGAAGACCGGGAGGCCCCUGCCCCUAGGCCAUGCAGCCCUCUGGAAAGACACACCCCUGCCCAGCGUCCUUGGAGCACCUCCUUUGUGCAGAGGGCCAGCGCCCCGGGCAGUGGCAGAGGCGACGUCCCCGCUCCCUUGGGAGCUAAGCAUUGCUGGCCGAGGCCCACCCGGAGUGUCCCUCAGAACCCGCCCAGGAAGGAGAAGGACAUACCACUGUCACCGCCACCCUCCCCGAAGCCCCGGGGGCCCCUCGGCCACCAGCACAGCUCUGAGUCCGUGCGGGAGUUCGUGCGCCAGAAGGCGCUGGCCCGGCAGUGGCGGGCCCCGGAGGAGAAGGCCUCGGCCCUGCGGACUCUGGAGCUGAGAAACCAGAGGCUGCAGGAAGUGUACAGGCAGCAGAGGGAGGCCGUCCUCGGCAAAGCCGUCCCUGUGGUCUCACAGACCAGCCCCAGCAUCGUCACCUUCGUCCCCAGUUCCACACAGUCUGGGGGUCUGGAAGCCCCUGGGAGCCUGGAGUCGCCGGUGCUGCAGUGGAGCAAGGUGACCUCCGGCGUGAUGCUGGGGGACCAGGAGGCCCGGGGCAGCUUCUGCCUGUGUCUGAACAGAGCCUGGAGCCGCGCAAAGGCCCUGGAGAUGGGAGGUCCCCAGGGCGGCUGCGAUGCUGCCCCAUCGCUGCCGUCUGCCACUUGCCCCCUGGGGCCCCUGAAGCUCCAGGACCUGACCACCCACUACCUGCCCCACGGGCUGUGCGUCUGCCUGGACCCCCAGGACACUGAGCACCCCGAAGCAUCCAUGCCCCUGCACUUGGAGCACAAGCAGGCGCGGCUGCAGGCGCUGGAGACCAUGGCCAGUGUCCUCAAGCAGCGGAUCGACAUCCUGACCGACAAGCUGCACAGGCCCGAGGCACUGGAUGCCGUUGGGGACUGGGCCUCGGACCUGCCACCUUUGGGCCCCUGCAGCGUGCCUGCUGCCCCCGCACUCACCGCCCCAAACUGCUCUGGAGCCUUGGUGCCCGGCGGGGGCAGAGGGGCGCCCCAGGACUGGGAGGGCAUGCAGGCCCAGCCCCUCCUGUCCCCCACCUACUUCUUGGACAGCCCUGGCUGGGAGUGGCAGCGGAGUAAGAGCCUGUGGGCCCACCACGAAGGCAAGCCCCAAGGUUUCGUGGAGGAGGGAUGUUCGGAGCUGGAGAAGAGGCCGCAGAGAAGUGCGGCUCCCUUCCGGGCCCGCGGCCCCUUCGCAGGCGGCACACUGGCAGCAGACGCCAACCUGGCCCGAGAGCCCGUCUCCAGGCAGCCCAGGAACCCAGGCUUGAAAACUCAGUGCUGUGACCAGAAAGACACAGCCAAGGGUGGGGGGUUUCUGGAAGAAGGCAAGCCAGUGGUCGUCGCAGAGGGCUCACCUGGCCCAGUGCUGGUGCCCACCACAGUCCAGCAGGGGCACCUGAGACAUCUGCUCAGGGCCCAGGGCUGCCCUCGGCCUGGCAGCCGGGCUCAGUCCAGCUGGUGGAACCGAAUUACUGUGACGGGGGCGGAGGGCGGGGGGAGCACUGGGCUGGACGUCUCCUUCUCUGAUACCCCCCCAGCUAUUGAGAAGGGGGCAGCAGAUGCCACCUCCUCAGCAUCUAUGUCUCAGCCCCAGGGCCGUCCUUCUUUCUGUAACAUUCUUUCCCUGUCUGUGCCCCACGGUGCUGUGCAGUCCCCGCCUGGCCUCAACAUACACCCAUCUCUCCUGUGGUACUGUGAGCUGGGGGACAUGGGCCACUCCCACACCCCAGCCCCUCACAGCGCUUGCCCAAAGCAGGUGCAUGGCUGUCACCUGUGGACCCUGUGGCACCCUCGGGGGCUGCAAGAGGCCAAUUCCCCGCCUAGUGUCCACGGCUACAGCUCACAAGGGUUGCCAGCCAUACCGGACCCUGCCUUCGGCUCCCUGCGGCUGGAGAAGGUGCCGCCGGCCAGCGGGGCAGGCUUGUUUACCCCCUGGACCACCCAGAGCUGCGAAUACCUGAGACAGGUGAUUUAUACUGAAUGGAAAUGUACUGGCUCACAGUCUGGAGCCUGGAAGUCCAAGAGCAAGGUGCUGGCAUCUGGCGACGGCCUUCCUGCUGCGUCUUCACGUGGCGGAAGCUCUCAGUGGGCCCAGGCCCAGGAGAAGGCGCAGGACAAGGCCAGGAAAGAGCACACUGCCCGCCCCUCCUGCCGGGCAGUUCCUCCUGGUGGCAGCCUUCACAGGGCUGGGCGCGCCAGUGGCGGGCAGAGUCAGCAGGAGCCUGGCAGGCCGCAUCUUGAAGACCCGAGUACUGGGCACCUUGCUGACAUCCAGCAGAAGUCCUUGAGCUUCCCGGAGUCCCUGAAGCUGGACCAUCGGAAGCAGGAGCAGGUGCUGGCCUUCCUACGGCAGCAGGCAGAGCGGGAGGUCUGGGAGACGCAGAUGACCCUGGAUGGGCUGCUCUUCAAACGCCAGCUGGAGCGGCUGCUGGGAAAACACUCAACCCAGGCCAGGCCAGAUGUGGCUGUGAAGCUGGAGCAGCUGCAGAUUUGUGGGGACCCAGAACCAACGACAACCUCUGUGAAGUGUGCUCUUCUCACCUGCAGGUCACACCCACCCCCGGGCAGAGAUGCUGCCCUGUCUGCCGGGGAUCCUGAGGAUGGACUGGAGAGCGGCCCAGGCAAGUCAGCUUCUGCAGAGCUGGGGAGGCCUGACGGAGCCCUCUCCCAGCUGCCCCAGGCCAAGCUCCACCCUUUGGACAACCCCACCCAUCAGAUGCUGGAGCAGGGCCUGCGGGAGGAGGAGCUGCGCGCGCAGCACCAGGCCGCGCUGCUGCGCCUGCGCGAGAAGGCGCUCGAGGAGAAGACGCUCUCGGAGCUGGCCUGGCUGGAGCAUCAGCGAGGGUGUCUGGGGAGCAAGGGGGACAAGGCGGUGUUGGCCACCCUGGUGGAGAAGCAGCAGCAAAUUCUCAGCAGGUGCGAGAAGGAGCAGAGGGAAAUCCGAUACCUGCGGAACAUUCACCUGUUCAUGCACCAAAACAGGAAGCUGCUCUUGCAGCAUCAGAGGGACAUCCUCUCCAUGCAGAGGUCUGUGGCCCACCUGCGACAGGAGCUGCAGACCCGCACCCAGGGUUCCAGCCCCCAGGUUAAGGGCUCUGACACAUCCCCACAGCCUGAAGGGUCACCACAGUGCUCCCUGUGCCCUCUGACACCACGCGGGCCUGGCAGUCCCCCCAGCCAUGGCCCCCAGGGAAGCCGCGAGAGCUCGGAAGUCACACACUGUCCCACUGAGGAGCAGGGCAUGGCACUCCCCCAGACAACUCUGGAUGCACACAGUCACCUGCAACCUCCAAGGUCAGCGCAGGGAGAGGACACACCUGAGGCCGGUGGCUGGCCUGACACCUGGGGCCAGCUGGUGGAAAGGGGCAGCCAUGUCAGCCAAGAUCCCGGGCAGCGGUCACACGUCCAUCUGCUGGGCCUUCAGCACAUGAGCUCCCUGGACAUCAGACAGCCACUGGCCCCAGCCUUUCCUGCUGUCCAGGUGGAAGGGAGCCCCUCCACAGCUCAGCUCAGGUUGCAGGAGGCCAAGGAGCCACCCCCAGGUAAGCCCCCUGGAAAUGGCUUGUGUGCCUCCCCUGCGUGGGUCUUGCCAGAAGCUUCUCCCACAUCCAGAGGAUCCUGUCUGAGACUGGUGCCCAGCUGCCAGACAAGGACAGGGAGGCCCACAAGGGAAGCGGAAGAGGACGGGCCUUGGUGGCCUGCCACCCUGGUCGCAGACCCCUUCACUGCUAGAAGACUGGCUGGCUCCAUUUCUUACAGGAGCACUGAUGCCCCACAGCCAUAUGUACUGGCCGUCACCGUUCUGGGGGCUGGCCAGACACCUGCACCCCUCUCAGGUCCUCGGUUCCUCCCAAGUUCCCUUGGGCCUGGGUUUCCCAACAACCUGCCAGGUCCCAGUGGGGAUGAAGGACGAAGGUGUGGGGAGAUGGUGGUGUCACAGGUGAAGGCCCUGGUGCUCCCUGGGGAAGGCUGUGCUGUGCCCCCCACCUUGUCCCCACGUUGCUGGUCUUUCAGCUGUGCCGCAGGAGAGCCUCUGACCAAGCCCAGCCCUGCAUCAGCAGAGCAGAAGGCCUGGGCUCCUGCAGACAGCCGGGGACGAAGCUGGAGCCGGCACACCCCUUCCGGGGGCAGAGAGGUCCCCUGUGGUCCCCGCGGAGCCAGCCAGGUGGUUGAAGGCAGCAGGAGCCGAGAGGGCUCGGAUUUGGGGCUUGAGUUUGCUGAGAGCCCUGUGGGGGAGCCCCAGGAAAUGGAGAGCUGGUCGUCAGGGGAGCAGAGGAAGGAGGCCUGUCAGCAGGAGGACCGUGGCGCCCCCUCCGCCCAGCUGGCUGCCUCCCCAGCUCCUGUGGCCCCCGAGGAGGAGGUGCCACACACCCAACGCCAUGGUAGUCCCCUGCCCCAGCUGACUCCUCCUUUGGACCUGGGUUCCGCAUCUGCUUCUGGAACUUGCUCGGUGUCUUCAGAAGCCCCGGUGGCAUCCCACACCUCCAUGGCAGGCUCUGCGAGUAGCCCGUCCUGUCCCUCUCUCCAAGAGUUUCAGAAAGCAACUGCCACCCUGGUCCAGCUUUCUGAGAGCUCCAGCUCCCUGUCCAGCUUGGAAACUGAGGACACCCCAGAUGCAGACCUUAGCAGGUCCGGAGAGUUCUCUGCUCACGACUCCCGGGAGGAACUUGGCCCGCCUUUGUCCUGGGGGCUCCAUCGGGGUGAGCCUCAGCUGGGCAGUGUUGGUGGGGGUGGAAGACCAGUGACCUGGCAGAGGCUGGGUGGCAGCAGGGCUGGUCCCCUGCGUGGCUCCUCCAUGGACGCAGCUGUGGCAGGAGGCCUGGAGCCAGAGCGAAGCCCCCAACAGGCAGGAUGGCUGUUGCCACUCCUGGAUGCCCCCUCUCCGAGGGCAGGGUCAGAGCUGUCAGAGGCCUCCAGCAAAGUCUGGGAUGAAGACGGCGGCGAGAACCUGACAGCAGCUGGCACUGGUGCUGAGCCAGCCUCAGGGAGCCCCUCACCUGCAGGCGGCUCCUCCGACUUCAGAAACGAUGGGGAGCCCCACGAGGCUCUUCCCUGCGUGGGCCUUGGGGAGGAGCAGGAAGAUUCUGGAACCAGCGAGAGCCUGACAGGUGGAUCAAAUAUAGGAAAAGCCAGGCGGGUGUCCCCCACGGCAGCCUGUGUGCUGUUCCCAUCCCAAACCUCUUCCACCAGUGACUUGGACCUGUCACUGUCCUUUCCCUCGGGGACCUCCACAUCUGAAGGCAUGGAUUCCAGCAAAGGAGAGGUGGGGUCUCCGCAGGCCUCGGCUGGCUGCCAGGAGGGGCCUCGGGGUGCAGACCUGAGUCCAUUCAGCAAGAGGAAACCCCUGCAGGCUUCUCCUGGGGACCCCAGUGGGUUGGCACCCCCAGUCGCGGAGAGCCAGGCACCUGGGCGUGGGGGGAACUUCCUGGAGGAAGCUCUCCCCCCACUUGCUGGCAGACUCUUGACAGAGAUCCUGUCUCCCGUGGAUGAGAUGCUAUCCUACGGCAGUGCAGACCUCCCGUCUUCCAUCCACAGGGAUGCCCACCGCCCUCCACCCCAUCCUGCCCCCCAGGCAAAGAGUGACUCUGACGCUGCCAGCCUGUGCUCGGAUGAAUUCCCUUCCUUGCUGGAGGAGGCUGUGCUCCCUGGGGUCCCCCUAGGGGAGGACACCUCCAUCACCACUGAGGAUGUGUCCUCCUUGUCCGAGGAGGGUCUGCCGGGGGCACUGUCCCCGGGACCCCAGGAGUUGGGGCUCUGCCUGGGGGCGGCUGGGCAGGGCAGAGGCCUCAAGGAUGAACUGAGUGCAUCGAGUUCUAUGGUGGGAAAUGAGGCCAUGGGCAGCUGGUGGUCUGGACCAGUCAGCUUGCCAGUGUCCCCCUUGCACGAGGUGGCAGGCAGUGCCCCUGGGGGGCUUGCAAGGCCAUCACCACAGUCCCUAACUCCACCCAGAGUGGCCUGUGUGGCCGGGGAGGGUCUAUCGAGGCUAUUGGUGGCUGGCAACACAAAUGUGCUAUUUGAUACCUGGUGGGUGGACCAGGCUCCUGCUUUGGGCACAGGGUCCUGGGCUGGCGCAGACUUGGAGGAGGCCUCGGGCACUCUGGGGGAGCCCUGGGAAGGAGAGUGGUGCUCAGAGACUGCAGAGGGCCAGGGAGGGGUGGGGCACCUCUCAGUGGGUCUGGAUGAGCCCCAGGAUACCACUUCAUCUGUAGCCGGGUCCCUGGGCAUUCGAGACUGUGCAUCCAAGACCCCCAUCAGGAGCCGAGACCCCAAAGAAAUGCUGUGUGAGAGCAGUCAGCCAGCUGCACCCCCACAUUCCCCACUGGCAUCCCCAGCAGCCCCACCCCCAGGCCAAGUGCCCUUGGGGGGUGGCAGACAGACUGGAUCCCUCGGGGGUGCUGGUGAGGAGGGUGAGGGGGUCCUGAGCUGCUGGGUGGAGGACCAGCCCGGGGCCAAGGCCUUCCUGGGCAGAGAGCCGCCCCUGGGGAGAUACUCGGAGGGCGGCUCUGCCUCAGGUCCCUGCAUGGAUCUCCUGGGCAGGGAGAGUGACCAGGUGGUGGAUCUGGUCUCCACCCAGCUCUCCAGAAUGAUCCUGUGCGACACCUUAGCCACGCUCUCAGAGUGCGCCCCAUGGGGCAGCCCCUAGAGGGGUUUUGCUGGAAGCGCAGGGAUGCACAGACCUCUGGGGUAUCAUUGUGUAGUUUUGUGCAGACGCACAUGCAUCCGUGAGCGCAGGAGUCUUGGGGAAGCCUGGACUUCCCCAGGGCGGAUGGGUCACACACAGUAGCCAUGCUGGGGCCAGCUGUGUGGGACAUGCUGUGAUCUGAAUGUGUGUCCCCUCCAAAGCUCAUGUUGGAACUUAAUCCCCAGUACGGCAUUUAAAAGGUGGAGGUGGAGGUAAUCAACUCAUGGGCUAAUGCGUCAUCAUGGGUGUGGACUGGUGGCUUUAUAAGGAGCACAUGAAAGAGCUCUUGCUGCUCUCCCCGUGUGACACCCUGGUCACCACGGGACCCUGUGGAGCAUCGCCACCGAGAAAAAGGCCCUCACCAGAUACACCCC